AUGUCUACAACUGAUCACAAAGUUAUUCUCCUCACCGGGGCGAGCCGAGGUAUUGGUCUUGCCAUUGCGCAAUUUCUUUUAAAGGCAUCACACAAGCUGGUGCUGGUCGCAAGAAGUGAAGAACCAUUGCAGAAGUUGAAAGCGGAAUAUCCUGGUCAAGUUGAGUACCUGGCUGCCGACCUUAAUGAUUUCUUGAAUGGCGCCAAAGCAGUAGACAUCUGUCUCAAAUCGUUCACUCGAAUUGAUAGCAUAAUCAUCAAUCAUGGCACACUUACGCCUGUGAAACGGAUUGCAGACUGCACCGCCGAAGAAUGGAAGACUCUCUAUGAUACCAAUGUCUUCAGCGCUGUCGCUUUCGUUCAAGCCGCGCUACCUUCCCUACGCAAAACCAAAGGGCGAAUAAUCUUCACCUCCUCAGGAGCUGCUGUUGGAGCUUACUCAACUUGGGGUGCCUACGGGUCUUCCAAAGCAGCUUUACAUCAUCUCACCAUGACACUGAAUGUUGAAGAACCUGAUAUCACUUCGAUCUCAGUUAGGCCAGGUGUCGUAGACACUGACAUGCAGAAAGUCGUUCGAGGACAUUCCACGGUGAUGGAUGCAAAGGAUGCGGAAAAGUUCAAGACAUUGCAUGAGAGUGGUAAGUUGUUGAGACCUGAGCAGCCAGGGAAUGUAAUGGCCAGAUUGGCUCUGGGUGCUGGGCACGAGUUGGGUGGAAAGCUGUGGAAUUGGAAUGAUGAGGAAUUAAGUGAUUUUCAGGAUUCUUAG